AUGAUACCUUUAACUGCCUGCGAUCGUUGUUUGGAGCGAGAUUUUCCCCACAUGAGUAUAACUCUGAUGCAUAACCCGCCAGGUGACGGAAACUGUCAGUUUGGAGCGCUGUGUUUUUGGUUAAAUCGUCUGGGUAUACACCGAUCACCGGAAAAAUUCCGUGAGGAGAUUGUAGAAUACCUGGAGAACAAUCCAACGGACACCGAAGGCUUUCCUUUAGAACUAUAUGCAGGCGUGCCUUGGUCACAGUACUUGCACUCAACGGCAACGGAUGGUACCUAUGGUGACCAAAUAACUUUACAAGCUGCAGCAGACUUGUAUAACAUUGAAGUUUUAUUUGUUUCAACUCUGGGGCAUAAUGCCACCACGCUGAUUUCUCCGUCUGCUAGUAUACCUUAUGCGAGAGUGCAGCUGGGACACUAUGCGAAGCAGCACGGAGAACAUUAUAUUUGUGUCGAAGGUGGGACUUUAGUUUCGGAGGAAGAGCCACACCUGGCAGAAAGUUACGAAUGUAACCAAGAAAAAGGUGGUGAUUCAUUAAGUUCCCAAGAGGCAGAGGUGGUGCCCGCGAAACGUAGAGAAGAGGCGUCGGCAGUGUCUACAGACAAAUCCCCUGUACCAGUGGAGAUCCGCUUUGUUUGA